AGCAUACUUACCAGUGUGCUGGCUGUGUUCCUCUCUCUGCUCUAUCUUCUGAAUGUACUUCAUUGGUUUAUUACGGAUCGGACACUGCAGCCCAGGAGAAAAGCCGAGCAGAGCUGGGAUAAACGACAGAAAGGAGAUUGUUCAAAUCCAAUGAGUAAACAAAGGAAAUGAGUGAGAGUACAUCAUUUAUUCGACUCUUCGUGGGGGUCCUGCUCAGUGCGACAGGUGUAGUUACGUCCUGUCCCAUUGAGUUGAGCCCCCCCAGUGUUGUGGUGAGAUAUGGAGACUCUGUGUCAGUCAACUGCAGCACAUCAGAGAGCCUGUUGGAUGGAAUAGGGUGGGAGGCUACAGAAGGAGGCAUAAGUCUAAAGGAGGUCUCCCAUCUGGCCUGGACAGUGGCGGAGCUAAAAGAAUGGAGUAUUUCUGCCAAAUGCUACAUCAACCUGUCCCUGAACAGUUCAUUUAACCAGUGCUUCAAAAUCCUUGAAAUUGUACUUUACACAUUCCCAGAAAACAUCAGUCUCAGCUCCAGCAGUGGCCCAAAUAUGGUGAUGCACGAAGGGAAGCAAAAUAAUUUCACAUGUGACAUCCAGAACAUAGCACCUGUUAAAAAUCUCACUGUAAAGUGGUACAAAGGAGAUGAAAUGGUCUUUGAAGACACUUUUAAAAAUCCCAGUAAGAAACCAGUGAAUCAGUCAUCUAUAUUCAGCUUCACACCUACCAGACAAGACAACGGAGCAACAAUCAGAUGUGAGGAACACUUGGACCUCCGGCCUGAGGGUCCACAACUAAAUGCAUCCUCAGAAGAGUAUUAUAUUACAGUGCAUUACGCACCAUCACAGAUAGUGGAGCUUGAAGACUCAGAAGUUGAUAUUGGUUCCGAUGUCUGGCUGAAGUGCUCCUCAAAGGGCAACCCACGACCAAACUAUUUCUGGGAUUAUUAUCGGACUGUGGCCAAUGUGGUGGAGGAAAAUGAAGAUGGAGUGUCCCGUCUACAUAUCUACAACGCUACUGUAUACAACAAUGGCUCCUACACAUGUCACGCCGGGAAUGACAGAGGAAAUGUCUCUAAAACAGCCAUAAUCACGGUAAAAGGUGCCGGGCAAGAAUGCCCCAUUGAAAUAACUCCAGCGAGGAUGGUGGUACAAUACCAAGCCAGAGAGCAAAAUGUGACAUGCAAGCCAAAAUCCACCAACAAAAGACAUUUGAAAGAAAUCUACUGGGAGGUUCGGCAGGGUGCCAUUACUAAAAACUCAAUUUGGUCUGUUGACACCAAUGAAGACUGGGACCUAAAGCCUGUUUGUACUGCAACAUUUAACAUAACAGGAAUAUGCAAGAAACAUUUAAACUUCACUCUCUACAAAACACCAGACAGUGUGUUCGUUUCUACUGUGCACAACUUGAGCUCAGUGGUGGAGAACAAGGAGUUCCAGCUGCAGUGUGACAUCACCAACGUUGCUCCAGCAGGGAACCUCGUUGUGCAGUGGUACCAAGGGAAUAGAAAGUUAUCAAAAGGUUCACUGCAAGUGACUGGCUGCCUGCCUGAGAACAACACAAAUUGUGACAUCAGUGCUGUCCGGUCCCCGCUGAACGUGUCGUCUACCAUCAGCUUCACUCUGGACAGAAAUGACAAGAGAGCAGAGUUCAGAUGUGAGGCUAUAUUGGAUCUUGGAGCUGAAGGAUUAAAGCCUCCUCAAAUGAUGUCCAGUCCUCUGAACAUCACCGUCCACUAUAAGCCCAGCAUUAAUACCACAAAGCUUCCACAGAAGAUCCCAGUCUUCAGAGGUUAUCCUGAGGAGCUUGUUUGUGAAGCCGAUGGUCACCCCCCUCCGAAGAUCCAGUGGUUCUACAGCACAGUCAAAGUGCCCCACAUUUCUGAACACACACUCAUCGCGUCUGAAGCCGGCAUUUACAGAUGCAACGCUACAAAUAAAGUGGAUUCCACCUCCCAUGUGGUCGAGGUGAUUUUAAAAGAGGACUACCUUCCCCUCAUAGCUGGAUUCGUGGCUGUCACAGUAGUUGCCAUCUCCAUCGUCUUCCUCUUCAUCUACUCAAUCUACUACAAGAACACCAAGAUGCGCCGCUACAGUCUUAAAAAUGCCAAACUCGACACUCACAGUGGCAACGUAGCCCACAACGGAUGGGACACGCAGUUCGAUAUGACUAAACUGUCUUAUGUGAGGCUUACAAGCUACAUGCUAGGCCUGCCACCUGUUAAAUUUCCCUCUUUCCCUUUCACCCACCCACCCCCAAAGUCAGCUGGGAUGAAGGGGGCCCUUUUGUUCCAACAUAGUUCCCUGCAGAGUUGCCAAGCUUGUACAAGUUGGAAUUUUCUCUCUCUCUCGCCCCUGAAUCGACGGCUCAGUGUAGAAGAUAACAUGGGAAACAACUUUUUGAAAUGGAUUCUGACACUUUGCAUGAUUUACUCAGUGUCAGCUGAAGGUUGCUCCCUUGUCCUGAAGCCCUCCAGGGUCGUGGUGGGCUUCGGGGAGCCUGUGUCGGUCAGCUGUGAGGCUACUCGCCCAGUUCGUGUCCUGGGCUGGGAGUCUGUUAUCAGCGCUGCACACACUCAACAGGACCUGUCAGUCCAGUGGAAAGUAGACAGUCUCAUUGAUUGGAUAGAGGAGCCUAUCUGUUAUGGUGUGUUUUUCACAGCUCCUAGACAGUGUGAGGAAAAACUCAACCUUGUCCUCUACAAAACCCCAGAUAGUGUCUCCAUCAGGCCUGUGAACCACUCUGGCCCUAUGGUGGAUGGAAAAGAGUACCAGUUGCUCUGUGAGGUUCAAAAUAUUGCUCCUGUUCAGUACCUCACCCUGAGGUGGUACAAGGGGCUGACUGAGGUAUACAAUCACUCCUUCUCUGAACUCACAUCGUCCUCGCCUGUUCAAGUGUCCUCUAUCCUCAUGGUCACACCAACCAAAGCCGAGAAUGGAGCACAGUACAGAUGUGUAGCAGAGCUUGAGCUUGGACCAGAGGGACCACAGCCACCUCCCACUGUGACCUCGGAGCCUCUCAAUGCCUCUGUGUACUUUCCUCCAACGUUCCUCGAUCCAGUACCAGUGGUCUUGGACCUUACAGUGGGUGGUGAAAUGACCUUAAACUGCACUGCCACAGGGAACCCUACUCCUGUGUACAGCUGGCAAUCCUCCAAUCCCAUUCCUGAGGGGACGGGCGAUGAAGCAGCUCUUACCUCCUCCUCACUGCUGCCAGGGACCUACACGUGCACGGCCUCCAAUACACUGGAGAAGAAGAGCAAGGAGUUCAUUGUCAAGGCCAAGACCAAAGGUGUUUGAAACAGGAGGUCCUGAGAAGGGAUCAGAUAACCACAAUGGACACACAAGGAGAAUCCAACAAUAGGGAUUUUACCGCUGCAGGUUUGGAGAUGGAAAUGACCUUCAUGACUCAACAGAUAUUUAUGAGGAUCUUGCUAUCAGGCAGGAUAAGAUCUCAAUUAAAAACAAUAUAUUUGAUAUACUUUGUUUGGUAACUGUUGCUUAAACUGUCAAUAUUUUAACAUGAGAGAUUGUGUGAGAUAGACUGGUUAUUUAGGAUAUAGUUAGGCUUUCAAUGUGAUAUGCUUUUUCUAAUUUAUAUAUUUGCUAGAUCUAUUUUCGUAUUAAUGAAAUUAUCUUGUAAUCUUUCCAAUGUGUAGCUACUCUUGAUAUAAAAAUGAUGACAACAUUAUUAUUAAUGUAUUCUGGAAACGAAGUAGGGAAUGUUGAAGAUCACCUGGCCAUUACUGUAAAUAUGAACUGUUAAUUUUCUUAUCUUUAUGAAUAAAAGUCAAAUGACAAAUUUA